GAGCUGGCGGUCACGUGACGGAGAAUGGCGGCGCGCGGAGGGAGGAGGCGGCGGCGGGAAGAGGACCCCCACGUGCGGCUCUCGAAGGCGCUGAGUUUCGUCCUGCGGCACGGCGCGCGCGACGCGGGGCUCCCCAUGGGCGACGAUGGUUUUGUGGAGGUGGGUGCCCUCCUGCGGCUGCCGCGCUUUGCGGGGGUGUCCGAGGAGGAGGUGCGGAGUGUGGUGGACGCCGACCCCAAAGGGCGCUUUGCGCUGCGCCCCAACCCGCUGCGCAUCCGCGCCAACCAGGGACACUCACUGCAGGUGCCAGCACUGGAGCUGACCCCACUGCUGACGGCGGACGCGCUGCCCCCCACCCUGGCACACGGCACCCGGCGCCGCUGCUGGGACAGCAUCCGCAGGGGGGGGCUGGCGCCCAUGGGACGCACCCACAUCCACCUGGCGGGGGGGCUGCCGGGGGACCCCGGCGUGCGCAGUGGGAUGCGCCUGGACUCCGACAUCGCCAUCAUCAUCGAUGGUCCGCGGGCGCUGGCGGAUGGGAUCCCAUUCUUCCGUUCAGCCAACGGAGUGAUCCUGACCCCGGGGGAUGGGGGGGGCCGACUGCCCCCCCGCUACUUCUUGCGUGUGCUGCAGCUGCGCCCCUUCCGGUGUCUGCUGCCUCUGGAGGGGCCGCUGCACGAGGAUUCGGGGGACACAACGCUCUCACACGAGGAGUUGGGGGGCACGAGCCCCUUGCACGAGGAUUUGGGGGGGGGGCAAAGCCAUUAAACCAUUUGCUGCCAGCUCACAAA